UUAUUCUCUCUGCCAAACUAUAUUUUACAAAAUAAACAGCAAAAAAUAAUUGAACGUUUUAUUUUACACGUUUACCGUAAAUGCGUAAAAACAAUUCGAGCAAGAUUUAUCGAAGAGUAUUUUAUUAUGAUUAUAUCAGUUUAUAACAUUGAUAAAUUAUUACUUAAAAAUGUCUUUCUAUUAUACUAAACUUAUAAUUUAAAAAUUUGAUAAUGAAGUUUGCCUUUGUCGCGUCAGAUUUUGAGUAUUCCAUAGUCCAUUACAUGUUCUAAGCACUUUAAAUAGUUUAUAUAAAAUGUUAUACAAAGUAAUUUAUAUUACAUAUUUACAUUUAUAUAUAUUUUACAUUUUUGCCAUUUUUUGUCUAUCGUUGCAACUUCAAUAACAUCAAACUGAUUUAUUGUAACUCUUAUAUUUCGCCGACGUUUGAAAGAUAAUGAUUGUCGGAAUAGCAGUAGCAAUAAAGUGACUGUAUAUAUAUAAUUACGCCAAAUCACUGAGUUGAUGCAAUAACAUACAUAAACCAAUCUCCUUCACGUGAUUUGAAUUGCAAAAGAGUGCAGAAAAGAAUUUGAUCAAUGCUAAAUAUCGUUUCAGUUUAGCUGCAGCGUGCAUGAUGCAAUCCCUAUCAGUACAAAUCGGAAAUCUUUCAAUAAAUCAAUAAAGAUUUUGCGCGCCCGUCACAGUUUAUUUAACAUGCAUUCGCAUUUGCGAUGUAUCGAAACAGCAAUUCUCAAAGAGUUGUUUUUUUAUUAUAAUAUCGAUUGAAAUAUCGAUUUUUAAUAUAGAUUUUAUUUCGAAUUUUAAUAUCAAUCAAUAUAACAUACUUGCGGCCAAUAACUGCAGGCUUUAAAAUCUGCUCGAUUAGAUCGAGAUUAUAAAAUAUAAUAGUAUAAAAUAUCGAAUGAUCUAAAAGAAGAAAAUAACAAAAAAUCCCUAAAAAGUUUGACAGGGUGAGUUUCAGGUGAUUCUCAAAAAACUUCUUCUGACUUGCAGUCUAUUUCAAAUAGCUAUUGAUUCCUCGAAGAAAAUAUUAUCGCAACAUAUUAUUCUUUAGAAGUUUUAUUGUGACUUUUAUUGAAUUUAUAUUUGGGAAUUGCGCCGCUGUAUCAUGGGCAGUACAAGUGCCAAGAGAGCAACAGAGUGAUAAAUGUAGAUUGAUUUAAGCGAGUGCGCGUUCUCUGGAGUGUAUUGCCCGUUAGCCCGUGCUGAACAGAGCUCAAUAUUUAAGCGAAACGCUUUGGCUUUCCUGUCUCAGAGUCGUUAAGUGCACGUUCGUUCUUUCAUCUGCCGCAACUAAUUGUGUUAUACGAGCAUAUUAUGUUGUCGCACAACAUGGACCGUGUGCUUCACAAAACGUUUCUACUUUUUUGUGUAAGCAUUUUUUUACCUUUGGGAAAUGCUGAACUUCGUUUGGAACUGGUUCAAGUGGUAAUGAGACAUGGAGAAAGAACACCAUUACUUAAAGAAAUGUACCCUAAGGAUUUAUAUAAUGUAUCAAUUUAUGAGCCGUGGGGACUCGGUCAACUCACCAAUCAAGGAAAGAUGACGGAAUAUCAAAUCGGUACGAUGUUGAGACAACGUUACAACGAUUUUCUGGGAUCGAUUUAUAAUCCGCGAGAUAUCUAUGCCGUUAGCACGGACAUCGAUCGCACAAAAAUGUCUUUGCAAUUGAUGUUAGCGGGAUUAUAUCCUCCUGACACAAUGCAAGUAUGGAAUCCCGAUUUAUUGUGGCUCGCUAUUCCAACGCAUUAUGUACCCGAAAGAGUAGAUACGGUGUUAAAGUCUCACACUAGUCCAAUAUACACAGCGGCUUUAGCAGAAGUGAUGAAAACGAAGGAAGUUCGCGAUAAGAUCGCAGUGUACAAGGACUUCUUCACGUUUUUAAGUGAGAAAACUGGAUUAGUUAUUGAGAAACCGGAGCCUGCUUACGAAGUUUAUAAUUUAUUAACGGCACAAAAAAAUAUGAAUCUGUCUCUGCCAGAAUGGUGCACCGACGAGGUGUAUCGAAAAAUGCAAGAUAUAGUCGUACUGGAAUAUGAAAUCCGCUCUUAUACAACUCUAUUAAGACGAUUGAACGGUGGCAUGUUGAUUAAGAAGUUCAUCGAAAAUAUGAAUGUGAAAGGCGAACGUACGAAUCCACGCAAGAUGUAUGUAUAUAGCGGCCACGAAGUAAACAUUGCGGCGUUUGCGAGAGCUCAUAAUAUCAGUGAGCCGAGAUUACCGGAUUAUGGGUCAACCGUCAUGUUUGAGAAAUUGCGGGAUGAAGCCGGACAUCUCUACGUCAAGAUCAUGUUGUGGACGGGUUCUACAGGAAAAUUAAUGACCAUCAAACUAGCAGGCUGUGAUGACAUUUGUCCUCUAGAAACUUACUUGGAACUCGUACGGGACGUGAUUCCGUACGACAACGAGACGACUGCCUUGUGGGACAAUAUAACCAGAGAAGAAUUGCUGAAGCUUUUCGAAGAGAAAAUAUUUUUGAAUUAAAGAAACUUUUGAUAGAAAUUGGAUAUGCAUCACGUAUUUUUUUUACGAGAUAUUGUUACGGUGCAGAUGAUACGAAUAAUCAUAAUUAUAUUCAUACUUAUUUUAUAUACCUAUAUAUACUUAAUUAAUUUACUUGUUACAGCUAUCAUACUUAUAAUAAUCAUUAUUAAUGGGAACGUAAGAAAAAGAAAUACUAUAUCGAGAUUGAAUUAUAUUGGCUCCAAUUACAAUUUUUUUUUAUAGUACACAUUCACAAUAAAUAUAUGCAUUUUUUUAGUCAUCAUUA